AUGGGUCAAACACUCUCGGAGCCGAUCACGGAAAAGCAUAGCUCCUCCGACGAGGACGAGCGUAUCGCUUAUGGUGCUAGCGCAAUGCAAGGUUGGAGAAUAAGCAUGGAGGACGCCCAUACGACCAUUCUGAAAAUGGGUGGACCAGAGGCUGGGAAGCACAUAUCAUUCUUUGCAGUGUACGACGGGCAUGGGGGUUCAAACGUGGCAAGAUAUAGUGGACAGAAGGUGCAUGGACGUGUAGCACAGGAAGAGGCUUAUGGAAAGGAGGAUUAUGCCGUUGCAUUGAAGGCUGGAUUCUUGGGGACGGACGUGGAUUUGCGUGCCGACGAGAACUUCCAAAUGGACCCUUCUGGAUGCACAGCAGUCGCUGCGAUCAUUACCGACGACUGGCGUAUAUUCGUGGCCAAUGCUGGUGACUCGAGGGCCGUCCUGUCCGGCAACGGGACCGCUGUCCCGCUAUCCUUCGACCAUAAGCCGGUCAAUCCAGAGGAAUCCCAGCGAAUUGUCGCAGCUGGAGGUUUUGUGGAGUUUGGUCGUGUGAACGGAAACCUUGCCUUGUCCCGCGCCAUCGGUGACUUUGAGUUCAAGCAGAACUCCAAUCUGCCCCCUGAGCAGCAGAUCGUCACGGCGAACCCAGACGUUACUGAGCGCAAGUUGGAGGAUACUGAUGAAUUUGUCGUCAUUGCAUGCGAUGGAAUCUGGGACUGCAUGUCCAACCAAGAAGUGAUCGAUUUUGUUCGACAAAAGAUUGCCGAAGGCACGGAUCUGCCCCAGAUCUGCGAGCAGCUCAUGGACCACUGUCUCGCGCCCGACAGUGAACUCGGCGGGGUCGGCUGCGACAACAUGACCGUCGUCAUCGCUGCGCUGUUGAAGGGGAAGAGCAAGAAGGAGUGGGCGGAGGGUAUUGCUGCCAAAGUGCCCCUUGCUAAUGGUGUUGAUGGUGCUGCUGCGGGGAAGGGAAGCGUGGAGAAGGAGUCGACUGUGUCGGAUGCGUCUUAA